AUGCAUAAGUUACGCGGUGAAGCAAAGCAUGCAGCGUGGUAUGAUGAACCAGAUGAGCCUGCCAACUUCAAUCCUUUUCGAAAGGUUAGGACAGAUCUCCUGGGAAAGAAGAAUGCCCUACGAAAUGCCGAGAACGGCGACGGCGGCUUGACACGAAGUACAACUGAUCAGGAGCAUCGACAUGCAGAUGUCUCCAACCGGCGAGCUGAAAUGGGCGCUGCAGCCGACACACCACAAAGAUAUGGUACUGCGCCAAUCUCAGGUCGAUCGCGCACAGAGCAUGUUCCAGGAAGUGAUAGUACACAGUUUGAGAUUAUUCGAACAGUUAGCCCGAAGCAAGAGGCGCCACUGGAGGAUAGCCCACUUCCAUUAGAAGAGACAAAAGACUCGACGAGCGGUGACACCAUCGCGAUUGAGGAUACACCUACGAGUGAGAAGCCUCGGCAACGGAAGGGCUUGAAAGGCAUGUUCCGCCGGGAGAAGAAAGUGGUAGGUAGCGAUAAGCCCGAAGGGGACGACUUGGAGAAACCACAUUACACAUUUGGCAAUCAGAUUAGAGCAACGUUGUUCAAUUCCUGGAUAAAUGUGCUUUUAAUUGCCGUCCCGGUGGGUAUCAUUGUCAAUUACGUACACAUCACUCCUGUUGCAAUCUUCGUUAUAAACUUCAUCGCAAUCAUUCCACUGGCUGCGCUGUUGAGUUAUGCAACAGAAGAGAUUGCCCUAAGGACGGGCGAGGUUGUGGGAGGCCUUCUCAACGCGUCAUUUGGAAAUGCCGUGGAGCUCAUUGUCUCGAUCAUUGCGCUACUCAAGGAUGAGAUAUUAAUCGUUCAGACGUCUUUGAUCGGAAGUAUGCUCUCGAAUCUGCUUCUGGUCCUGGGCAUGGCCUUUUUCUUUGGUGGUCUCAACCGAUUUGAACAGAGCUUCAAUGUUGUUGUAGCACAAACCGCAUCAAGCCUGCUAGCUCUGGCAAUUGGAAGUCUAGUUCUACCGACGGCUUUCCACUCUUUCGCUGGUGACAAUCAGACUGCCCAAGAUCCCGAGGCAGAAAAUGACGUAUCCGCCGGCAGCGAAGGCAUUGCCCCAAUCUCUCGUGGCACUUCUAUCAUCCUCUUGAUUGUCUAUGCCUGCUACCUUUUCUUCCAGCUGAAGUCGCAUGUGGAGAUGUAUACCAAGGAAAGCGAAAAAGCAGAAAAGCGAGAUAUUGGUCGAGGUGCACGCAAGAUCAGGCAGAAACUCAAGCGACGAAGCUCAAGUGACCAAGCACGACGGAGCGCAUUACAAGUGGAGAACGCAAAGGUCAAGGCGGAGAAGGACGAAGUCCCACAACUCCACAUCUGGGUUGCAAUUGCCACCCUUGCCGUCUCGACUGUCCUGGUCGCCUUCUGCGCCGAGUUUAUGGUCAGCUCUAUUGAUGCUAUCACGGUCUGUGGGAGCGGUGUCUCCAAGACAUUCGUUGGACUCAUCCUUCUACCUAUUGUGGGCAAUGCCGCUGAGCACGCUACCGCCGUUACGGUGGCCGUCAAGGACAAGAUGGAUCUGAGCAUUGGUGUUGCUGUUGGAUCGAGCAUGCAAAUUGCUUUGCUUGUACUCCCAUUGAUCGUCAUUCUUGGCUGGAUCACCGGCCAUGAUGAUAUGACCCUAUGGUUCGACGGGUAUCAAGUGGUGGUACUCUUCAUCUCAAUCCUGCUCGUGAACUAUUUGAUUCAGGAUGGAAAAAGUCAUUGGCUCGAGGGUGUCCUGCUAAUGACGCUCUAUCUCAUCAUUGCACUAUCCGCUUGGUACUAUCCUACCAAGGGAGACGGUGCUUGCCCCAAUGGGCAAUGA